AUGCUGAUACAAAUCCCAGAUUUUGUGAAAACCUAUAGCGAGAAGUGCGAGUUAAUUUUUUUGGAUGUUGGAGUGAUCGAGGCGCACAAUGAUUUCAACGCCCAGACAGCAAAAGUUUUCUCCUGCUUGCUCAGCGGCGAGUUUUCUAAGGAAGGUAGUGAAUAUAAUUGUAUCAAACCAACGCAAUUCCGAAAAGUUGUUGGAAAAGAUCAUGCGGAAUUCUCAACAGCAAAACAGCAGGAUGCUGAUGAAUAUCUCAGGUAUUUUCUCACAAAAGUAGAUGAAAAUGAGAAAAGAUAUAGACCUGUGGAUGCAGUACGAUUGAAAUUGGAACAGCGUUUGGAGGACAGUGCAUCGAAUCGAGUUCGUUACACACAAAGCAAUGAAUACGUGCUUUCACUGGUUGUUCCAGAA